AUGGGUAUCAGCAAAGGUAGACGUACCCCUAUCAAUGACAAUUGGAAAUGCAUAUUGCUAUGUCUUGCUGUAUCAACGGCGAAUUGUCAAUAUGGGUACGAUACAGCGUCAGUGGGAGGCUUCCAAGCGAUGGUGGGCUUCCUUGAGAUCUUUGGGUAUCGAAAUCCCCAGUCCGCCAUCGGAUGGAGCAUAACUACCAAGGUUCAACAGUUGAUGACAAGCUUCAUAAACAUUGGCACAAUUAUUGGAGUAUUUCUCACUGCACCCUUCGCCAAGUACCUUGGGCGACGUCCAGGGAUCUGGGUUGCCUGUGCCAUCAAUUUCAUUUCGGCUGGUGUCCAGGUUGGUACCACGAACUUGGCUGGACUUUACGCCGGAAGGGUCCUCAUCGGCCUUGCAAAUGGAUACUUCAUCACCUUCGCAAACGUAUACGUUGCAGAAGUUGCUCCAGCUCACCUCCGUGGCUUGUUGGUAUCGUUCUUUGGAGUUUGGGUCAAUAUUGGAAGCAUUAUGGGCACAAUCGCAGACAACUACUCCAAAGAGCACCAUAAUAAGCUGUGUUACCAGAUUCCACUGGCCACACUGUUUGCGGUUCCCCUAUUCUUGAGCAUCUUUAUAUUCUUCAUUCCUGAGUCUCCCAGGUGGCUGCUGGUCCAUAACCGACCUGAUGAAGCAAAACAGGCCCUUCAGAAAAUUCGUGGAAAUUCAUUGACAGCAGAAUACUUCGAAGAGGAAUAUGUUGAGAUGGCUCGCGGUAUUGAGGAAGAGAAAGAACUCGCGUCUGCUGGUUCUUUCUACGACAUGUUCAAAGGGCCUGACCUCCGACGCUCGAUAAUCUGCUUUGGGACGAUCCUUUCACAUGCUGCUGCCGGGCUUUGGUUGAUCAUCGGCUAUGGGACGUUCUUUUUCCAAAUCGCUGGUAUCGACAAGCCCUUCCAGGCAUCAAUAAUCUCAACCUGCGGAAGCUUUGCAGGUGUUUUGAUCGGCCUAUAUUUCACAACCAAGGUGAUUGGGAGAAGAACUUCAAUGCUGUUUGGGUCCGCUAUGGCUUCGCUCUGCAUGUUAGCUAUUGGAAUUGCAAACACCGUUGCUGGGAAUUCGCCGCCGGCGGGCCGAGCAAUCGUCGCGUUCAUGGUGUUGUAUGGCUUCUUUUACAAUGGGUUCUCAGGCACUUUGAGUUGGCCGAUCGCUACCGAGGUUGUGAGCUCACGGCUCCGUGUUAUCACAAUUGGAGUGGGAACUGGGAUCAACUACUUCUUCAACUGGUUGGUUUCCUAUACUGCACCUUUCUUUAUCAAUCCCAAUGACCUUAAUUGGGGAGCAAAGUAUGCAUAUGUAUGGGCUGGUUCAAAUGCUUGCGUCUUCGUAUUCUUUUUCUUCUUUCUCCCAGAGAUGAAAGACCGAUCCCUGGAAGAGCUUGAUGAAUUAUUCCAAAAUCGGGUUCCUGUUCGCCAAUUCGCCAAAUACCAGUGUGUUAGUUCUGAGCGUGCAAAGGAGAUCGCCCUCAAAGGAAUGGGUGACCGGAAGGGCGAAGCUGCGGUUGAGACAAUCGAAGACGCCGAAAUCUCGAAGGUUUGA